CCCUUCCCUUUUCCCCCUCCCUCUCCUCCUUUCUCCCUCUUUCUGCGUGCCUUUCUUUUUGGGUUCUGCAUUCGCGACCUUUUGCACACCAAACACAUUCCUCUCUCUCUCUCUCUUCUCUCUCUCCUGUACUUCCACCCACCACUCCCCCAAUUCCAUACAAAUACAAUCAUGUUGAGCCCCACACAUUUCACUCCCUCCAAACUUCUUCUCACUCGCUUUCUUGGUUUCUUCAUUUAAUGCCCCCAGAACUUCCUCAGGCCAUUUCUUGAUUGGCUCAUUCACAUUCUUUAGAAACGCCAUCUUAGCUCUCUCGCCUCUCUUAAGACUCUGAUCCCACCAUUCUGAUUUCGAUUCCCACUUUGCCUCCCCCUGCUUCUUCGCUCCUGAAACAUGGACAAUGAGUUCUUUAUGCCAUGGCAACCGCUCUCCUCAGGAAUGGCAAUUCAGCCCAACGACCUGAACUGUGCUUCCAAGCAAUCCCCUGAUUGCUUCUUCAAUCCCAAUUGGGACAACUCUUCCGCAGAUCAAGGUGGUCACUUCGAGUCUGCGCUGAGCUCCAUGGUGUCCUCCCCAGCUGCCGCCGGUUCCUACCUUUCCAAUGAGAGUGUCCUGAUCAGGGAGCUGAUUGGAAAACUCGGCAGCAUUGGGAACCCAGGCGAGGCGUCGCCAUCGCCACAUUCCCUCCCCUUGUCCGGGAAUGCCACCGCCGCGAUGCCUUACAUUGGUGGAAGCAAUAGUACUAACACGUCAUGUUAUAACACCCCUCUGAAUUCGCCCCCAGAUCGCGCGGUCAAGGAGAGAUUCUCCAGCGUGGCGGAGUUCACUGCUGAUCCUGGAUUUGCAGAGAGGGCCGCGAGGUUCUCGUGCUUUGGGAGCCGGAGCUUCAAUGGCCGGACGAGCCAAUUUUCCCUGAACAAUGGUGAGCCGCCUUACAAGUCCAACCCGCUGAUGGAGAGCGGGAAAUUCCAACGGGUCUUGAGUAGCCCAUCACUGAAGGCGUUGGGAUCUCAGGCAGUGGCCACCGUUCAGCAGAAUGUGAUUUCGAGACUGUCAGAUCGGAUUGAACUGACGAAUUCUAACGAGGAGUCCUCAGUGUCCGAGCAAAGCCCAGGUGGGGAAAAUGGAUUGAAGGCCUCGAACGAGGCAAAUUCCAGGAAAAGGAAGGCAGCUGCUAAGGGAAAAGCGAAGGAAUCCGCCCCCUCCACAUCUGUCGCCAAUGCUAUGAAGGUAUCCGAGUCUCAUGACAAUUCGAGUCCAAAGCGAUGCAAGCCGAAUGAAGACGACGGAAAUGGAAAUGACACUGCCAAAGGGGAAGAUGAUGCCAAAGGAAAUAGUAAAAAGAAUGAUGCAAAGCCGCCUGAGCCUCCAAAGGACUACAUUCAUGUUAGAGCGAGAAGGGGUCAGGCAACCGAUAGUCAUAGUCUAGCUGAAAGAGUGCGAAGAGAGAAGAUAAGUGAGCGAAUGAAGCUCCUCCAGGACCUUGUGCCGGGUUGCAAUAAGGUCACUGGAAAGGCACUGAUGCUAGAUGAAAUCAUCAACUACGUUCAGUCAUUGCAGCGUCAAGUUGAGUUCCUUUCCAUGAAGUUGGCCUCUGUCAAUACCACUCUCGAUUUUAAUGCAGAUGCACUCAUGUCAAAGGAUAUGUUUCAGCCAAACAACUCUGUACCGCGUCCUAUGUUUCCAUUAGAUUCUUCAGCGACUGCCUUUCAUGGCCACCACCGACCUCAAAAUCAGCCAUUGCCACCACCGCUGCAAGGACACGUCUCUAGUGGUACAGCGACCCAAGUAGAGCCAUUGAAUCUGGGGCCAUGUCACACCGUUGAGUCACAUUCUCCACUGAAUGAUCUUCAGUAUCAGAAUUUCUGUGGAGAUGACCUGCAAAGCAUUGUCCAAAUGAGUUUUGGUCAAAAUUCAAAUCAAGAAACAGCAUUCCAGCUUCAGACUUUCCAUGGUUAAAGAUAGUAUUCCAAGAUUAGGUCUAAUGAAGAAGACAAUUAGUUGUUUUUCUUCCUUCAAUUUUUGUCUAUGAUCUUUCCUUUCUUUGGGGCUAAUUCUUGAGGGGUUUUUUCUCAGAAUACCCUCUGUAAAAUCUUUGUAACAUUUCUUCCGGUGCAGAGUGUGAUAGCCAUACAUGUAUCAUAAUAUAUAAAUUCUAUGAAGAUGAAGGGAUUUAUUUUUCCUGCUA